CCUGGAGAUCUCCUCAGCAUGCGAGAUUGCAAUCUAGAUUGCCUGCCUGAGAAUUAUGUCAUGAAGUAUUACUUUUACCAUGGACUUUCGUGGCCUCAGCUCUCAUACAUUGCCGAAGAAAGCGAUGGUGAAAUUGUGGGUUACGUAUUGGCUAAAAUGGAAGAGGAUCCGGAUGAUUUGCCAUACGGUCAUAUCACCUCGCUGGCUGUUAAACGCUCACACCGUCGCCUCGGUUUGGCUAGGACUCUGAUGAAUUUGGCUUCGCGGGCGAUGGUAGAGAAUUUUCAAGCAAGAUACGUUUCUUUGCAUGUCCGGAAAAGUAAUCGAGCUGCUCUUACAUUGUACACAAAAAAUCUAGGAUUUCAGGCAUAUGAUGUCGAACCGAAAUACUACGCCGAUGGUGAGGAUGCCUAUGCCAUGAAAAAGGAUUUAAAGCCAUUCUGGGAUAAGUACGGUCCUUCAGAUGUUCCUUUCAAAGCAGUGAAGGAGAAAAGCAAGCAAAACCUGAACUGA